CGAAUGGUGCGCUUCUCGAGUCGCGCGGCACAGUAUCUCGCGAGCAUAGUGCAAUUCGAUCAAGAUCUGGGGCAAUGGGACAUUCAAACCCUAAACCCCAACCGAGCGGCUUCAGGCUUCUGUUGCAGAACCUAUAAAGACGUACGCCGAGGUGGCGUUGUCAACCUUACUACUUUGCCCGCUCCAGCUUGAGCUCCUCGGGAUCCACGGCCGCCGAAGGCGGCCGGCACAAUACUAGUCGACCUGAGUGAAGAACAACAAAACGUGAAGAGUAGACAUUUGUAGCUUAUCCCUUCUCCGCAGGUGUGUAAGGGAUCGAAAAAAUGAAGGAAAAGCGCCACAGAACCAUUGUCAUUUUCCCUGCCUGAUCUGCCUUCAGCCGGCGCGUGUUUGCGGCCAUCGGCAUCAGCAUCCAGGCCCACAAUGUCCAUUCGGCACUUGCGCGAGGCUGUCGGAUCCAUCAGGGCGGUUCCGAUAGAGGCCUCGCCCCAAGGUGCGCAUCUCGCCACCACCCGACUGAGGCAUCGAAGCGGCGUGGUUGCCCUGCUGAUCGGUCCUGCCGGCAGCGGCAAGAGCUCAGCAGUGUGCACGGCGUGCGAGAUGGCGUCUGAGCUGCAGGAGCGGCCGGUGACGCCUGUGUUUGUGGAUGGUGCUGCCCUGACCGCCGGCACGACGGUGGGUGACGAGCAUCUGCACUCGGCGGCGCUCAAGUGCCUGUUGAGCGAGUUGGCGUCGCGUCUGCCGCCGCCCCACACACGGCUGGACGGCAUGUCGGUGGUCGACUUGAAGCGGGAGCUGAAGGAGCUCCUCGAGAUCAUAUCGUGCUUGCGGAUGAAGGUGGUGAUCGUAGUGGAGAACCUGGACCACCUGUGCCUUGCCGGCUUCGGCAGCGGCGGCCAGAACUUCCUCUACACCCUUCUCGACCUCUCACACCACGCCGCCAUCGCCCCCCUGAUGGUGGCCACCAGCAGAGACUUCGCCGUCAACCAACUGCUCGAGAAGCGGCUCACCUCCCGUUGGGCCGCACCCGAGGUCAUCCACUUCGGCCUCCCAGGCACAGCCGAGGCGGCCACGGCUGGCGUGAGGGCGGUGCUGAUGCACGCCAUCGACAAGGGGUGUGGGCGGGGGGAGGGGGAGCUGGACGUGACCAUGGCUGACCUGGACAGCGAUCGGGCAGCUGACGAGCUGCGGCAGGACGUCAGCAACGCACUCGAGGACAAAGGCCUGCAGGUACACAGAACAGACACACACAGGAGGGAGAAGCCGGUUGGUAGCUGUCCAUCCAUCCACUAUCCCAUUACUCAUCGUAUGUUGUGUGUGUAUGUCAGCGUACUUUUGCUCGUUGGUGUUUGGCUGAGGUCGGCAUGGGGUGGUACCUCUCCCACGUAGUCGAAUUCAUCGACGGCAGACGGCGGGGCGCCAAACUGGCCAACAAAGUGACCAAACUGCGAAUGCUCCAAGACUCGCAGAGAAGGUCAGACAGAACACGCAGCAACACACGACUGCACCCAUCAGCCUGUGUAAGCAUGUGUGUGAUCAUGUGUGUGCGCGCGUGUGUGUGCAGUGGCGCAGUGGCCUCGGCCUCCAGUAGUAGCCAGCAGGGCGGCCCGGGCGCAGCUGAGUACAAGCAAAUCAUGCCAUCGGACGCCGUCAUGGUGACGAGCCUCCACAGCGCACCACACACUGAUGGCCGUCAUGUAUGGUGUUGUCUUGUGUGUCCUUCAUUCAGGGCGGGCCGUUUGAUCAGUUCCGAGCGGUGGAGCGUUACCUGGUGCAGCUGGGGAGAUGCGAGCACUUUGUGCUGCUGUGUCUGGCCCAGCUGUACGCCCAAGAGGUGGCCGAGAAGACCCUCGCCAAGGCCAUCUUCAUCUUCAGCAGGGUGUGCCGCGAGAGGUCCGGCGAUGACGUCUACGUGAGGGUGCACAGCGAGUUCAUGCCCUUCAUCGACGGAGAGCAACAACACCCUAACAAAGUCCACCCGGUGGGUGGGUGAGCAGUGUGAACAGGGCAAGGAGGGCCGGCCAUGUGCACAUGACAUGUCCGUAUUGGCGUCGUUCACUCCCUUCCCUGCAGAAGUUCCUUAGUAGUCUGCGUGAGUUGGUGGACCUGGGUGUGGUGGGUGUGGUGCCGCCCCACCCCUCGGACCCCAAUAAAAAUGCGAUGGCGGGGGACGGGGAGGAGGGCCUGUGUGGCCGUGACCUGGCCCGGCAGGGCCGCUGGGCGCUGACCCACUGGGACGCCGCACACUGGAUGGACCUCAUCAUCGCAUUCCCACUGUGCACAAGGUGGGCGGGCACUCUCACCAAUAUUGACGCACACCUUUUGCACUGCCUGUCUGUCUCUCUGGUGUGUGUCAUGCCUGUGUGCAGAUAUUUGCAGCAUGUGUCCAAGAGCAAGACCGAGAGUGUGCGCAUGACUGCGUCGCUCCGCGACUGGGCCGCAGAGCUGCACAAGAUCGUCAAGGAGCUAUAGAUAGACUUAGACAGAUAUCCAUGUAGACUGCCCGGCCAGCAGUGCGGUGGAUGAGGUGAAUGAAUGAUGCUGGGCGGCGGCUGGCUGGCUGUUUGAUGGAUAGCUGAUAGCUGGAAGAUUACAUACAUGACCGGUGUACAGUCGGAGGAUAGAACGAUGACACAGUCUCAGUCUUUGCAAACCGACCUCAAUUCUGG